AGCCUAGACGCGGAGAAAAUGGCGGCAGGGGUCGAAGCGGCGGCCGAGGUGGCGGCGACGGAACCCAAAAUGGAGGAGGAGAGCGGCGCGCCCGGCGUGCCGAGCGGCAAUGGGACUCCGGGCCCGAAGAGUGAAGGAGAACGACCUACUCAGAAUGAGAAGAGGAAGGAGAAAAACAUAAAAAGAGGAGGCAAUCGCUUUGAACCUUACGCCAAUCCGACAAAGAGAUACCGAGCCUUCAUCACAAACAUACCUUUUGAUGUGAAAUGGCAGUCACUUAAAGACCUGGUUAAAGAAAAAGUUGGUGAGGUAACAUACGUGGAGCUCUUAAUGGACGCUGAAGGAAAGUCAAGGGGAUGUGCCGUUGUUGAAUUCAAGAUGGAAGAGAGCAUGAAAAAAGCUGCUGAAGUUCUAAACAAGCAUAGUUUGAGUGGACGGCCACUGAAAGUAAAGGAAGAUCCUGAUGGUGAACAUGCCAGGAGAGCAAUGCAAAAGGCUGGAAGACUUGGAAGCACAGUAUUUGUAGCAAAUCUGGAUUAUAAAGUUGGCUGGAAGAAACUGAAGGAAGUAUUUAGUAUGGCUGGUGUGGUGGUCCGAGCAGACAUUCUGGAGGAUAAAGAUGGGAAAAGUCGAGGAAUAGGCACUGUGACUUUUGAGCAGUCCAUUGAAGCUGUGCAAGCUAUAUCUAUGUUUAACGGUCAACUGCUGUUUGACAGACCGAUGCACGUCAAAAUGGAUGAGAGGGCCUUACCAAAGGGAGAUUUUUUCCCUCCUGAGCGUCCACAACAACUGCCCCAUGGACUUGGUGGUAUCGGCAUGGGGUUAGGACCAGGAGGGCAGCCUAUUGAUGCCAAUCAUUUGAAUAAAGGCAUUGGUAUGGGAAACAUAGGGCCUGCAGGAAUGGGAAUGGAAGGCAUAGGAUUUGGAAUAAAUAAAAUGGGAGCCAUGGAAGGCCCCUUUGGUGGUGGUAUGGAAAACAUGGGGCGAUUUGGAUCUGGGAUGAACAUGGGCAGGAUAAACGAAAUCCUAAGUAAUGCACUGAAGAGAGGAGAGAUCAUUGCAAAGCAGGGAGGAGGUGGAGGCGGAGGCAGUGUUCCGGGGAUUGAGAGGAUGGGCCCCGGCAUCGACCGCAUCGGGGGUGCUGGCAUGGAGCGCAUGGGCGCAGGCCUGGGCCACGGCAUGGAUCGAGUGGGCUCUGAGAUCGAGCGCAUGGGCCUGGUCAUGGACCGCAUGGGCUCAGUGGAACGCAUGGGCUCCGGCAUCGAGCGCAUGGGCCCGCUGGGCCUCGACCACAUGGCCUCCAGCAUCGAGCGCAUGGGCCAGACCAUGGAGCGCAUUGGCUCUGGUGUGGAGCGCAUGGGCGCCGGCAUGGGCUUCGGCCUGGAGCGCAUGGCUGCGCCCAUUGACCGUGUGGGCCAGACCAUUGAGCGGAUGGGCUCUGGCGUGGAGCGCAUGGGCCCUGCCAUCGAGCGCAUGGGCCUGAGCAUGGAGCGCAUGGUGCCAGCAGGCAUGGGGGCCAGCCUGGAGCGGAUGGGCCCCGUGAUGGAUCGCAUGGCCAGCGGCCUGGAGCGCAUGGGCGCCAACAACCUCGAGCGCAUGGGCCUGGAGCGCAUGGGCACCAACAGUCUCGAGUGCAUGGGCCUGGAGCGCAUGGGCGCCAACAGCCUGGAGCGCAUGGGCCCCGCCAUGGGCCCAGCCCUGGGCGCUGGCAUCGAGCGCAUGGGCCUGGCCAUGGGUGGCGGUGGAGGUGCCAGUUUUGACCGUGCCAUUGAGAUGGAACGUGGCAACUUUGGAGGAAGCUUCGCAGGUUCCUUUGGUGGAGCUGGAGGCCAUGCUCCUGGGGUGGCCAGGAAGGCCUGCCAGAUCUUUGUGAGAAAUCUCCCAUUUGAUUUUACAUGGAAGAUGCUAAAGGACAAGUUCAACGAAUGUGGCCACGUGCUGUACGCCGACAUCAAGAUGGAGAACGGGAAGUCCAAGGGGUGCGGUGUGGUUAAGUUUGAGUCGCCAGAGGUGGCGGAGCGAGCCUGCCGGAUGAUGAAUGGCAUGAAGCUGAGUGGCCGAGAGAUUGAUGUUCGAAUCGAUAGAAAUGCUUAAGCACUUGCCUUUUUUAAACAUCGAUACCAGACCUCUGAAUUUGUAUUUUUUCUUGUUAACCAUUUUAAUUUGUUGGCUGGAUGUAUAGAGAUGUUUAAAAAAUUCAGUUGCUUUUUGGGGUAAUUUGAAUUACUUUUUUAAUGACUGGGGUUCCAUUUGACUGUUUGCAUUGAGAUUGCAAUGUGCGCAAUUUUUUUUGUAGUUGUGGCAUCUUGUUGACAUCGAAUAAGACUUUGAUAAUAAAUACAAGUUCCUGAAAAAAA